CAUAAAAGCCAUGGCAACAAAGAACCCCUGCUAAAACCCUUUUCCAUGGCAGUUUCUUCUUCUUCUUCUUCUUCUUCUUCUUCUUCUCUGUUGAACUCUCUCUCCUCCCUUUCUCUAUCUUCUUCUUCACCCACGCCGACUACCAUUUCUAUCACCCCUGCCUCCUCUUCCAGUAAUGCACCGUCAUCGAAGACCCUGACGAUCAGACAGACUCUGAUAACCCCCGUAAAUCGUGAAGUCUGUCCUGAUCUCCAAACAGUUAUGUUUCCCGCGCUCGCGUUUUCAAAUACAUUAUGUUUCAAAUCGGCAUACAACGUUCAGGUGAUCGCGUAUCCUGAUGAAUCGGAAGAUAGUCUGAUCGGUCGGUUCCGAAGAGAGGUUUUCAGAGCAAAUAUUGUACAAGAGGCGAAACGCAGGAGGUUCUUCGAGACUAAUCAGGAGAAGCGAAAACGGAAAAUUCGUGAUGCUGCUAGACGAAGAGCCAGAAGGCGAUCACAACCAAAGGCCAAAAAGGAGGAAAUUCCAGGAAAGAAGGCAGUUAAUGAUGAAGGUGAUGACAACUGGGGACCAAUUGAUGGUAAAAUCCCUUAUUGUCCAUGAGAAGCAACAACCAUUCCUUUUGGCAAUUUAGCUAGGGUUUGUUCUUGCACCCUCAAACUCUCAUUUACUGAUCUGUUAAACUUUUGCAAUUUGUGUGCACUUUGACUUCUAAUGAUCUGUUAUUGGCUUUUGGAAUGCAUUUCUACAA